UGAUUUUGACAGUUUCUGAAAAAAGAAAAAAUGAUGAUAGGAAUAACAAUUAUUAGGGCAUUAAGUUUUUGUAAAGGAGAAUGCAUUAAUACAGGCAGCUACCCUAAAAUAGUAUCAAAGAUUGCCAAUUCCUUAUUUGCCAAUUCCUUUAUGAUUUUGCCCAAAUAUUUCUUUUUUCUUUUUCCUUCUCUUUAAAUACAUGAUUGCUCUUAUUUUUUUAUAUAUAUAAUACUACAAAUUCCUUUCACCAGUUUAGGUAAAACAAGAAUGUCAGCUCAAUAUUUAUACUAUAGAAGUUCACAAUUUUAUUAAAAAUAUUUAACAAAAUUUAUUAUUAUUGUGAUCAAUUUGUACAUACUUAUAAAUUAGUAGAUGAAACCGUUGCCUUUUAGGAUAGAAAGAUUAGAUUAAAUGACGCGUGAUAAUUACCAGAUUAUAUUCCUUAAAAGAAUAUUUUUCUAUUUUCUAAAUGAUUUAUUGUAAUUAAGUUAUAACUUUAGUUUCUAAUUUUGAUUUUUUGGGACUGAUAUGGUAAGCUACGUUAUUAAUCAGUAUCUCACUCGUUAAUUGAGAGGGAGUUUAGGAUUGUAGUUGAUAUUAGUAAUGGAUAACAUAUAAGAGAUUAAUUUGCUAAAUAUUUAUGCAACCUUUUCUUUUCUUUUUUUUGACAGAAAAGUUUAUGCAACCUCAACACCAAUAAAUAUGUAUCGUGAAUGCGAAUUGUGGGAUUCAAACUAAAUCCAAAACACCAGGGCAGUUACACCAUGUUCCUCCUGUCAAUAUUGGAAUGGGGAAGUGGUCAGUUUGUAGAUUUUAUAGAACCAUAAAUAUGCUGAUACUCAAAAUAUAGUAUUUGCAGAUUUUACGAAUCCUGUGUUCAUACUCAAGAACAGAUCUUAAAUAGAGAAUGAACUAAUUGGCCUCUGCCAUGCAUUCACGCAAAGAAAAAGAUACUGACCUUUUAAUUCAUUCAAGUUGUCGAUUCAUAUUCACAAAUGUAUAAGGAGCUUAGGUUGAGAAAAUGAUCGCCUAUAUAUAUUACCAUCCCCGGCAUAUUGAUUCUGUUUCUCAGAAUUCUCUUCUUCUUUUCACUUCUUCCUUCAGUUUUCUCAGAAAACACAAAGAGACGCACUUCUCUCUCUCUCUCUCUCCUUAAAAACAAACCCACAGGCUCCUUGUUUCCUUCUAGUUCUUGUUUUCUGGUUAUUGUUUUGGUUUCAAGAAUGGAAGGUGGUAUAGCUUCAAAGGUAGAUGCUGGUUCUUUUAGACUCUUAUGUCUUAUGAUUUGGAAAAAUCCUUAUAUUUUCCGUCUUGCUUUUUCCGCUGGCAUUAGUGGUUUUCUAUUUGGCUAUGAUACAGGAGUUAUUUCUGGUGCCCUUCUUUAUAUUAGAGAUGACUUCAAGGCUGUUGACAGGAAAACUAUACUACAGGAAACUAUUGUGAGCAUGGCAGUUGCUGGAGCAAUCGUAGGAGCAGCAACUGGUGGCUGGUUAAGUGAUCGCUGGGGAAGGAAAUUUGUACUCAGUGUCGCAGAUUUUCUGUUCUUCAUCGGAGCUGUAUUCAUGUGUGUUGCUCCUGGACCAAUACUUCUCAUAAUUGGUCGAGUUUUUGUUGGAUUUGGUGUUGGAAUGGCUUCAAUGACAGCCCCAUUAUACAUUUCCGAGGUUUCUCCGGCAAAAAUCCGUGGUGCCCUUGUUAGUACCAGCGGACUUCUCUUUACUGGCGGCCAGUUUAUUUCUUAUCUUAUAAACCUGGUCUUUACUAAGGUUCCAGGGACAUGGCGAUGGAUGCUUGGAGUUGCAGGACUUCCAGCACUACUGCAGUUCGUUCUAAUGAUAUUCCUCCCAGAAUCACCUCGUUGGCUAUACCGCAAGGGUAAGGAAGAAGAAGCCAAAGUCAUUCUGAGGAAAAUAUACCCUGCUGAAGAUGUUGAACAAGAAAUUAUGGAUCUAAAAGAUUCGAUUGACAAAGAGAUAAUGGAAGCAGGAAAUUCUGAGAAGAUUAGUAUCAGUAAAUUAUGUAAAACCAAAACAGUGAGAAGAGGACUAAUUGCUGGUGUUGGCCUUCAGGUUUUCCGGCAGUUUAUAGGAAUUAAUACAGUUAUGUAUUAUAGUUCUACUAUAAUUCAGUUGGCUGGUUAUGCAUCUAACCAAACUGCUCUGUUGCUCUCACUUGUCACUGCUGGGUUGAAUGCAGUAUGCAGUAUUUUCAGCAUUUUGUUCAUCGACUCUUUUGGAAGGAAGAAGCUGCUGAUCAGCAGUUUAAUUGGUGUAAUAAUUUCACUUGGUCUUCUAUCAGGAAUUUUCCACGAGACUGCCAGCCACUCGCCAAUGGUUAUGCCUGCUGAAUUUCGUUAUUCAAAUUCGACCUGCCCUAGUUAUGUUUCUGCUACAAAUGCUGAUUCUUGGAACUGCAUGACAUGCUUGAAAGCAACCGAAUGUGGAUUUUGUGCUUCAAGUCCAGAUAAGCCUGGAAUGUGUUUAUCCUCGAUUGAUGCAGUGAAGAAUCUUUGUCAUAGUGACCACAGACAAUGGUACACUAGAGGAUGCCCAAGUAAAUAUGGAAUUUAUGCACUAGUUGGGCUUGCAAUGUACAUUUUUUUCUUUGCACCGGGGAUGGGUACAGUGCCAUGGAUUGUCAACUCUGAAGUAUAUCCCUUAAGAUUUAGAGGGGUUUGUGGAGGAAUAGCAGCCACAGCAAAUUGGAUCUCCAAUCUCAUUGUUGCUCAGUCGUUCUUAUCGAUGACUCAGGCUAUUGGAACCGCCUGGACAUUCUUAACAUUUGGAGUAAUAUCUGUAUUAGGCUUGGUCUUCGUCUUAGUGUGCGUACCUGAAACAAAGGGGCUACCGAUCGAGGAGAUUGAGAAGAUGUUGGAGCUCAGGUCUCUGCAUUACAAAUUCUGGGCAAAAAAGUCUGAACAUGAAACUGAUGAGAAUAAACCCUUGGAAGUCUGAUUAGUACGUAAUAGAACUAAAUGUGUGAAUUUCGAACCUAUGAAAUUUGAAGAAUGGGUUUCUGAUACUAUUAACCCAUGAAAACUGGAAGUUAUAUAAAUAUGUCUCACUUUUUUCUGACAGAUGGCUCAAUUCCUAAAAUUUGAGUCAUGUUUGGAAUUUUAGACAAUUCUAGUUACCUAGAUUAUUGUUCAAAUUAGGUAAAUCUCAGGAUGUAAUGAAGCUGAAUAAAUUUUCUUUAUUAUA